AUGAGAACAAGUGAAUCAUCUUCAACAGAAUUUUCAUCAUUAGAAUCAAAUCAAAUAAGUUUAGAAAAUUAUCAUUCAAAUAUAACAGAAUAUACAGAAAGUAUUUAUAAUGAAAUUAAUUUAGAAAGUAAUUUAAAUAUGAAUGAUUUAAUAAGUAAUAAUGAAAACAAUUCAAUUAUUAAUAAUUCUAUAACAGAUUGUAAUUUAAAUACAUCUAAUUCUUCAUUAAACACAUCUAAUUCUUUUAAUAAUAAUUUAAUAGAUGAUUCAAUUAUAAAUUUAAGGAAAAUAAAAAAUAGUAUAAAAACCAUUAAUUUAAAUGCUUUAAUAAUUUUUAAUUUAUAUGAAACGUAUAUCAAUAAAGAUAUCAAUUUUAUUGAAGAUUAUGUAAUUUUUGAUGUAAAAAUUGAUUUAAAGAAUUUUAAAUUUUUAAAUGAAUUAAUAUUAAUAAAGAAUGAUUUACUUCCUAGAAGAGUUAUUAUAAUAAGUGAAUCAUACAAAAUUAUAGUAAGUAAAAUUAAAGAAUCUAAUUUAAAUGAUCACUUUAAUUUUAUUAAAAGUAUAUUUAAUAUAAAAAAAGAUAAACUCAAUGUAUUUUUAGGAGAAAUUUUUUAUUUUAAUGAAAGUAGUAUUAAAAAACCAACAAAUUUUAUAAAAAAGUAUAAUUUAAAUGAUAAAAACAAUAAAAAUUUAGGAUGUAAAAGAUUUAAAAAAUAA